GUAUGCACGCAUACGGAAGGUGCAGAUGAAAACGAGCGAUUUGUUGAGAAUCUCCCCCCUCCUCUUCGUUCUCCCGCACGGGCCUCAUGGGUAAUAGGUUUUCGCCUCCACGGGUUCGUAGAGAUUUGUAAUCGAAGAGCUUUCUCUCACUACGGGGCGAUCGCGACGAGGGUUUAGGUUUGGACGAGCUUUGAAGGACGAGAUUGAUCUCAUUUAGUGAGGGGAAAAAAAAAAAGAAAAAAAUUGAAAAAUAAUGGUGUUAGUUUUAGCUUUGGGUGAUCUCCAUAUUCCCCAUAGAGCACCUGAUCUCCCUGCUAAGUUUAAGUCCAUGCUUGUUCCUGGGAAAAUUCAACACAUUAUAUGCACUGGGAAUCUAUGCAUCAAGGAGGUCCAUGAUUACCUGAAAAGCCUCUGCCCUGAUCUGCAUGUCACCAGAGGUGAAUAUGAUGAAGAUGCCCGUUAUCCAGAGAACAAAACACUUACUAUUGGUCAAUUCAAGCUUGGGAUAUGCCACGGCCAUCAGGUAAUCCCAUGGGGUGACUUGGAUUCAUUAGCUAUGCUGCAGCGGCAGUUGGAUGUAGACAUUCUCGUCACAGGCCACACCCAUCAGUUCAAAGCCUACAAGCACGAGGGUGGCGUCGUGAUAAACCCUGGCUCAGCAACUGGUGCAUACAGCAGCAUCACUUAUGAUGUCAACCCGAGCUUCGUGCUCAUGGACAUCGAUGGCCUCCGUGUCGUGGUGUAUGUCUACGAGCUCAUUGAUGGAGAGGUGAAGGUCGAUAAGAUCGACUUCAAGAAGAACGCGACCACCCAUGUCUCGCACUAGUAAUACAGUUGGCUUUUUGUCGCUUCUUAUCUAUUCAAAUUUCAAUGUGGUUUCAGACACUAAAGCGGUUGGACAAGAGGGGAAGACAAAACUUUUAUAUGGCAUGUCUUUUUAUGUGUGGAACCAAAAUUAGGUCUGUGAAGUGAUGCAGGUAUACUUGUAUUGAAGUAGUGUCUUAUGUCUUGCUGGAUAUCGUGAGUUGCUUUGCUCAGAACCCAAAUACUGUUGAUUAUUUCACGUAGAGUUUUUAUUGGUUUUUUUUUCCCCUCUU